AUGCAUUUUUACGUGUUCGUGCUAGUAUUUUUCAUUGUGGCGACAGUUACGUCUGUCCUUCAUAUCAUCGUGAACAAAGUGCAGGAGACAGCUUACAUGGACGAAGAGUUUCACGUUCCACAAGCGCAAGCUUACUGCGAGCACAACUUCACUCAUUGGGACUCGAAGAUAACAACACCACCGGGACUCUACCUCAUAUCUCUUGCAUUAAAUGGUGUGAGAAACAUCUUCACAUCGAGCAAUUUAUGCACAGCAGAGGGUUUGCGUUUUACAAAUGUCUUCCUUACCAUCUUGAACCUGUGGCUUUCUAGUCUUAUCUCCAUCAAGCUUGCGUACGUGUACGCGACGGUGAAAGUGCGAGUGAAGCUGAUUUGCUCAAGUGCUGUCUUGACGACAUUGCCGGUGCUUUAUUUCUUCGCGUUCUUGUACUACACAGACCCAGGAACCGUAUUCUUCCUUCAGCUCAUGUACCUUUAUCAUCUCUAUGAGUGGUACUGGCUGGCAUCUGCGUUCGGAGCGGCGAGUGUCAUGUUUCGGCAAACGUCCAUCGUGUGGGUUGCGAUGCUUGCAGGUUGCAGACUGCUCGAAAUAGUGGAAAAAGAGUGUUUCCAAGAUGUCAAACCGUGCGAAGUCAUCAAGGCAGUGGUUACCAAGUGGAUUGUCACGAUUAAGAAAAUAUUUCGGGACUGUUUCGGGUACAUGGUAGUGGGGGUACUCUUUCUGUCGUUCAUUUUCUACAACGGUAGUAUCGUACUCGGUGAUAAAAGUGCACACCAAGCUUGCUUUCACUUGGCGCAGUUGGGUUACUUUUUGCUGUUCACACUCGUGCACGCUUCGCCAUACCUACUUCAUCCCAGUGCCGUGAAGGAUUUCUGCAAAAGUGUGGUGCAACAUACCUGGUGUUACGUUUUGCUGGCUGCGCUCUCGAUAGCUGGGGUCCAAAAACUGAGCUACGUCCACCCGUACCUGCUCGCGGAUAACCGUCAUUUCACGUUUUACUUGUGGAGGCGAUUCCUCGGCAGAGGAGCGGCAUUGCGAUGUUCCCUCGUUCCGUUUUAUAUAUACGCUGGGUACGCGAUUUUGUGGCAGCUUCGACAUAAGAGUACCUCGUGGCGCGUUCUUUACUGCUUUGCCGUGCUUGCGUCGACCGUGCCGCAGAAGCUGCUGGAGUUCCGCUACUUCAUAGUCCCUUACCUCUUCUUCAGGCUCAACAUAAGGUGUCCAAGCUACAAGCAGCUCCUCUUGGAAUUGGGGAUCUACACCGUGAUCAAUGUAGCUGCUUUUUACUUGUUCCUAGGCAGGACGUUUUACUGGGAGGAUGUUUCGAGUCCGCAGAGGUUCAUGUGGUGAACGCUUGAGAAGUGUGUUACAGUGUGAAUGUCAUGAAGUGUUGGUGAAAG